AUGCCCGUUAUCGAUGCGAGACUCCUCCAGGAGGGGGCUGUUGAGGUUGGCACGAUGUUGAUGAAGAGGAGUGUGGAUCACACGGUGCUGGAGACGUUAGCAGUUGCGGCGACGUGUAUCUUUGGGGUUGGGGGCUUCAUCUACUGGAUCAAUAGGAAAUGA